AUGCUCUACUGUUUCCUACUUUUAAUCGUAUUUCUGAUACCGGAAAUUGAAAAUAAAAUCAACUGCGCCUACGAGCUGGACCAGGACAAUCAGAAUGGGAUUCCGAAAGAAUGCGAAGGCGAUCUCUGCCUAAUUUCCAAGAGAUUACGCUACAAUACUACUUUCGGAUACACAAUGGCCCCAUUUGUAUUGCGGGAUUGUGUCACUGGAAUGAAGUAUUGGGAGACUGGAUGUUAUUUGGAUCCAAGAACGAAGGCCGACAACUACACUGAAGAAUCCGUCAAUGCGUAUAUUCCGGUUCUCCCUACGUUCAAGCCAUAUUCAGAAGCGAUUAAGAGUCGGCAAAAAGCCGGAAAGACAAUAAAAUCCAACGUCACUGAUGAAAUUAUUUGGGAAGUUUCGAAUGUUACUUUGCCUCCAGUGGUCGUUAUGGAUGUUGGUGCGGGCAUCGGUGAUGGUGGCGCGGUCUUGAUUGGAAGAGGGUACUGCGCAUUCAAGCAGGAGCCGCCCGGGUGCAAGCUGCAGUUCCUGUGCAAGAACAGUAUUGAUAGCAACUGCGUCAAGGAGUGCAACUACACCGGAUUCGGGGCCAACUACGCCGACUGCAUCUUUCUCGACAUGGCCAUGACACAUCAGGGCGUGGUGAAGGCUUUCUACGCGUACAGAAAUGGGACGGCACCUUACGGCACCCCGAUGAGCCGCGCGGAUAACCUGGCGAUGAGAAGAGGGUUCCAUGACUUUGAGCACAGGGUGUACCCAAAAUGCGUCCAGGCCGACCACUUGAUGACGCGUCGCCAACGCCUCUACGUGAAAACGGACAUGCUGCUGAACUGCAAGACAAACCCCUUCUAUCUCCGCUACCCGAUCCCGGAGAUGAUGGUCAUCCCCGACGAGUGCACCCCUGAGCACGACCUCGAAAAAAUCCUCUGCACCCGAUACGUCCCCCCGCUUGAGACCCAGAACUUUUUGAACCUCCUCGAACUCGUCGGCGGCGCUGCGCUCACCGGCCUCAUCGUCGGCAUCGUUGUUGCUUUCAUCGUCAAACGGACACGCGCCUACUACUGGCGCCUGGAGCACUCACCCGCCAAGCCCGGAAAGUCCGUGCUGUACUCGGAGCAACCCGCCAGCGCUGCCGCCUCGACAACCAGUAACGCGGAGAGGAGUGCCGCCGACACGAGCACGUUCACCCCGGCUAACACGCCGGACCCGGCAAAAACCGUCGACGAUGUGUCCGUCGACACCGUGGAGGCCGCGGAGCCCAAGACGAAAAGUGACAGGGAGGGGCCGGCUCCCCCGGAAGCAGCCAACGCGACGGGCCAGCCCGCCAACAAGAAGGCGGCCAAACGGCGCUCGGACCCUAAGGAACGUGUCCUAGACGAAGUGCCAUCGGACCACAGCAAAGAAGAGUCGAAGAGUCGAGCUGAG